CGAUCGCGAGCAGAGAGUGGGAAAUUCCCCCUUCGCAAGUAGGGGCCGCCGGUUCCGUUGCAACCGCCGUUUCUAUGCUAGCUGGCAGCACGGAUGAAGAUGGCCUGAUGCUGCGGAACGUCCCCGAGCAGUGUGCCAGACCGUGGGAUUCUUCCACGCUACAGGAACUUCCCGGUGGGCAUACAGAAUCUGAGAGAUCAUUCCAGCAGAGGAAUGCUGGGGUUGUUCCUCAAUCAGCAAAACAAAACGGAGUAAUGAAGCUUUUACUACUGACGAUGGCUUUGACAUUGCCAAGUGCCGCUAGCUCCUUGGUUGAAGAAAUGGAAUGGCUUGCCUGGAAAGAAAAGUUUGGUAAAACCUACUCUUCAGCUGAAGAGGUAGCCCAUCGUAAAGACAUCUGGCUGAAAAACCGGAAGGUGGUUAUGCUGCACAAUAUGAAGGCAGACAAGGGCUUGUCCACCUACCGAAUGGCAAUGAAUUCCUUUUCUGACCUGGCUGAAGAAGAAUAUAAAAAAAUGGUACUUGGUAAGUGCCUGAAAACUGUUAAUGGCACAAAAUUCACUGGCUUUGCCUCUCUGACCUACAAGAAUGUUAGUCUGCCUGAUACAGUCGACUGGAGAAAGAAAGGCUACGUGACUCCUGUCAAAGACCAGAGAAUGUGUGGUUCCUGUUGGGCAUUCAGUGCGACAGGGGCUUUGGAAGGACAGCACUACAGAAAAACCGGACAAUUAAUUUCUCUGAGUGAGCAGCAGCUGGUGGAUUGUUCCUCUGAAUAUGGAAAUUAUGGCUGUAACGGAGGGCUUAUGAAUAAUGCAUUUCGAUAUAUAAUAGACAACGGAGGAAUCAACACAGAGUGGUCAUACCCCUAUGAGGCAGAGGAUGGACCUUGUAGAUACAAUCCAAGAUACGUUGGUGCUACUUGCAAUGGAUUUGUUCAGAUCAAAAAAGGAAGUGAGCGAUCACUGAAGUACGCCGUGGCUAUGAAUGGACCAGUGUCUGUUGCUAUUGAUGCAAGUCUACCGUCGUUCAUGCUCUAUUCCUCAGGAAUUUACGACGAACAAAUGUGCAGUAGUUAUUUUCUCGACCAUGGUGUUCUCGCUGUCGGAUAUGGGACAUUAGAAGGAACAGACUACUGGCUGGUUAAGAACAGCUGGGGCACAACUUGGGGUGAUGGCGGAUACAUCUAUAUGUCAAGAAACAAGCAUAAUCAGUGUGGAAUUGCGACAGAUGCCAGCUACCCUACAGUAUAUUGAAAUUCUGAACAACUUGAAGUAAUUGGCCUGAGAUCUUCUAAAGAAGUCACAUAUCUUGGUGCACUAUUAAAACAAUUUAUAACAUAAUGGGACGAUAUAUAGUCAUUUUAUGAAUAGAUUUUGCAAGCUUAAUUUGUUGCACACUUUUAUGCUGGAUUGUAAUAUGUGAUUGUGAUCCUGACCAGUUGAAUUUUGAACUAUAUGUACUUUUUUCCGGAAUGUUUUUCUAUGUUGACAUAUAAUUGAAUUUUCUGUGAUGUUUAAGAUGCUCCUCACAAUCUGACAUUUUCUGUGUAGGCAUUUGGAAUUUGCUUGUCCUGACAAGAGAAAAUCUGCAGAUGCUGGAAAUCCGAGCAACACACACAAAAUGCUGGAGGAACUCAGCAGGCCAGGCAGCAUCUAUGGAAAUAAGUACAGUCAACGUUUCAGGCUGAAACCCUUCCCAUAAAUGAUAAUGACCCGCCGAAGAGUUUCAACCUGAACUGUUGACUGCACUUCUUUUCCAUAGAUGGUGCCUGGCCUGCUGAGCUCCUCCAGUAUUUUAUUUGUGCUGCUUGUCCAGAUAUUGUUGACAAUGUUAAAAAUCUCAAAAUUUUUCCAUAGAACGUAGUACAGAGCAAUAGAAUAGAACAGAGCCUUUGUCCCACAAUGUCGUGCUGAACCAAAAUUAAACAUGUAAGUCAUCUCUUCUGCUUACAAACAGUCCAUAUUCUUCAAUUCCACGCACAUUUGUAUGAACAUUUAAGAAUACCUUAAAAGCCUUUUAUCAUAUUUGCCUCUGUCAGCACAUUCCUGGUAUCCACCACUCCGUAAAAAUAAAUUGCCCCAAACAAUUUGAACUUAUCCCCCCUUACCUCGAACAUCUCCUCUCACCUUAAAGGUAUUAAGCAUUUCCCCCUCUAUCACCUUAAAUACAGAACUGUGCAAGAGUCUUAGGCACAUGUAUAUUGCUAGGGUACUUAAGACUUUUGCACAGUACUGUAUUUGUCAUGGUGGAGCGGAGAGCGAGUUUGCAAAUCUGGAGGGAGCGAAGGUUACCUGGCGGGAGAGUUGUGGGACAGGUGGCAGAGAAGAGGUGUCAAGGGUGAGUGCAGACACCCUGAGACACCAGGCAAGGUUAUUCAAUUCCAAACAAUUAUAGAAAGUUUGUCUGGCGCUGCCCACUCCCUUGCUCUUUUCCCAACCAUGAUUCCUGCCCCCUUCCCACUCUCACUCCACAAUAGAGACCCAUAUCAGAAUCAAGCUUAUCAUCACUCACAUACAUCAUAAAAUUUGUCUGUUUUUGUAGCAUCAGUACAGUGUAAUACAUAAAAUUACUACAGUACUGUGCCAAUGUUUUAGGUACCCUUGCUAUACAUGUGUUCCAAAAAAUUUUGCACAGUACUGUAAAUGUACUCUAGUAUUACUUAUUUUGAUCCUGGGUAAAAGUUACUGAUUGUCCACCUUAUUUACUCCUUUCAUAAUGUUCUAAACAUCUAAACUUUACCUUAUAAACGAUUUAUUUGCAGCUGAGAUCAGUGGAACUUGUUGACAUCACUGCACUGGUUGUUUGUCAGAGCUUGUCUGGUUAUGUAUAGGUUUUUGUAAAAUUCUGGGGGAUUUCUUUCUUUCUGUAAUUGCUUGGCAGAAAGUUGAUCAAUUUUAACAUACGGUAUGUGAUAUCACAUAUGCACUUUAAUAAUAAAUUCAAGAUGCAAAGAUUCAAAGUUCAUUUAUUGUCGAGCAACACACACAAAAUGCUGGUGGAACGCCGCAGGCCAGGCAGCAUCUAUAG